UUGCCAUAAUGGAAAUACUAAAAGAGAAAACGAAACCCAAGGAGAAGAUUAUGAAGGAGCUCGUUUACAUUCUUUGUGACUGCUUGAAGGCACAGUACGGCUACCAUCCAAGCAACUUUUAUAAAAAUCAGAUAGCGCUGUCUCUUGUACGGUCGUAUCCCGCAUUGGCUGCUGACUCGUCGGAUACUCCACAGGCGCUUUGGUUUCAUCCCCAUGCCAGGGGUACAAAUCGUCACGCAGGCCGGAUUCACUACCGCAUGGAAUAUCUUUCAAGGACAAAUAAAGAUCGUGUUACUAGACCUCGCAUGUUGGCACAACAAGAAGCAGUUCAUGACACCAAACAGGAGAACCUCUCGAUGAUUGAUCUUGUUGAGGCGGAAGGCGAACUCCGAUUCAUUGUGCCAAGUCCGCAGACAAAAUCGCAUGCGAUGAAUUUGUGGGACAUCACGUUCGAGUUAAGACAGAAAUACCGCUCCGAGGAAGACUUCUACACAUUUGCAAAAGAUUGUCCGGUAUCUAGUGCCUAUAAUGGUGAAUUCAUCACCUUGGAUUUCUACAAGUUGAAGCCAUCUGCAAAUCCAUUUUUGGAUAGUUGGAAUGCAAUGGAGAAAAACAUAAUUUUGAAAAAUUCCGAACUCUACAAGGAGCUUAAAAAUGCAAUCAUUCGGCUGAAAAAUCCAUCACGAGGAUCGAAACGAGUUAGAGAUGAAGAAGCGAGCCGUCAUAAUCCGUUGAAAGGAAUCGUUCAGUGGAUCAAUGCUGAAGAUGAUUAUCCUUCGAAUGAUGAUCAAAAUAGUGCUCCGAUUAUGUAUGUAAGAGGUCCCAUGCUGGAGAGUUCAGAUGAGUGUGCAAUCGUUUGGGGUUGCAUUGUUUUCCCUCUUAAUCUUGAUUUCAAAUCAGCAUUCGCCAUUCUGGUUCAAACAUUUUAUGUUUUCAAUGUCACUCCUACUCCCUGUGACAAGCAGUUUUACCUAUUCAUUACAGGGGCCGUUAUGGGCGUAGAAAAGUUGAGCACGACCGGAUGCAAAUUCUUGCAUGCUCUAGCCUAACGCCCACAAUUACGAGAAUGAGAAUAAAAACUUUUUAAA